AUAUUUACGUACACUUUUUCUUUCUGUCUAUUAACUUACUUUUAAAAUACAAUCUCUUUAUUUCGAAGAUGAAGAAAUCAUUUCUAUUCACGUUUACUGUUCUAACUAUCUUCACCAUUCUUGUGAUAGGAGUAGCGCCAGAAAAAUUAACUACCUGUUCUAGGUUUUUAUCUCAAAAAUCUGGAAAAUGUGUUAAAGAAGAUUGUGAUCGUAUGUGUAAGCAAAAAUGGCCAGGAAAGUAUACUGUUGGUCAUUGCUACGGCCAAUUUAAAGAUGCUAAGAGGUGUCUUUGUAGUGUAUGCGGCCCAGACAGACAACCUCCUUAACUAUUUUUAACCAAUUUGUGGUGCGGUUGCAAUAUCACAGGAGGUUCCCAUAAUAAAACUUAUGUUACUAUUAUAAUAAAGUAAUGAAAUUUUUGUUGGAUCUUUUUGUCUAAUGGUUAUAAAAUUACUAUAUAAAGUCAAAUAUGAUAAUUUGUAGAUGAGAAUAAAGUUUGACUUUAUAAUUAACUAUGGUAACAGUUAAAUUGUAGGUGUUGUAA